AUGACUCAAGAGCAACACAUACAAGUUUGUGUAUCAAAACAGUCGGAGCAAUCGAAACAAGACUAUCGUGUUCGAUUGACUUCAUCAGUUGAAAUCCUAUUGUAUCUUUUAAGGCAAGGACUUGCUUUUCGUGGACAUGAUGAAAGCUAUGACUCACUUAAUCGAGGAAACUUUCUUGAGGGCUUAAAGUUACUGGCUAAUAAUAAUGAAAAUAUUGCCAAAGUUGUGUUGCAAAAUGCACCUGAAAAUCACCAAAUGAUUGCCCCUUGCAUUCAAAAAGAUAUAGCUAAUGCAAUUGCAAGUGAGGUAACCCAAAAAAUAAUCAAUGAUCUUGGUGAAGAAUUAUUUGGAAUAAUAGUUGAUGAGUCGAGAGAUAUAUCAGUUAAGGAGCAAAUGAUUGUGUUUAUUAGAUAUGUGGAUUCAAGUGGGCAUAUUGUUGAGCGUCUUCUUGGCAUUACUCAUGUUUGUGACACUACUUCUAUGUCUCUUAAAGUAGCCAUUGAAGAUCUUCUAACAAGGCAUAGAUUAAGCAUUGCAAGAAUAAGAGGUCAGGGCUAUGAUGGAGCAAGUAAUAUGCGAGGUGAGUUCAAUGGUCUUAAGACUUUGAUUAUGAAUGAGAACCCAAGUGCUUUUUAUGUUCAUUGUUUCGCUCAUCAAUUACAACUAGCACUUGUGGGUGUUGCAAAGGAAAAUGAAGAAGUUGGAGAUUUUUUUUACACUGUCUCGCAAUUGUGCAAUAUUGUUUGUGCUUCAUGUAAGCACAUGGAUAGCUUGCGAGACAAACAAUUAAAGAUGUUGAUUGAUUCAAUUUCUGAUGAUACAAUUGAAACGGGAACUGGUUUGAAUCAAGAAACAGUUUUAAAGCGUCCUGGUGAUACACGUUGGGGAUCCCAUUACGGUGCACUAAUGAGCAUUAUCACAUUAUUUUCUCCAGUGAUUGAUGUUCUUGAUGAAAUAAGGCAGGAUCCAAAACAAAGGACAGAAGCAUUUAGAGUAUUGAAGAAUAUCUUAUGUUUUGAUUUUGUGUUCUUGUUGCAUUUAAUGAGGGAUGUUUUAGGAAUUACCAAUGAUUUGUCACAGGCACUACAAAAGAAAGAUCAAAACAUUGUGAAUGCCAUGAGACUUGUUGAUGUCUCAAAAAAAAGAUUGCAAAUGAUGAGAGAUGAUGGGUGGGAAGCUCUUUUACAACAGGUUUCACUGUUUUGUAACAAGCAUUCAAUUCCCAUACCUAAUUUGGAUGAAGUUUAUGUAGUUCCAGGAAGACCUCGCCGUAACGCUGAAGAAAGGACUCAUCUUCAUAGGUACCGUGUUGAAAGGUUUUAUGCUGUUUUAGAUCUACAACUCCAGGAGCUAAACAACCGUUUCAAUGAGAAGAAUACAGAGUUGCUCUUAUGCGUGGCAUGUUUUGAUCCAAAGAAUUCAUUUGCUAGGUUUGAUAAGGAUAAAUUAGUUCGAUUGGCACAGUUUUAUCCAAAUGAUUUUUCUGAUAUUGAACUUCAAUUACUAGAUAACCAACUACAGACUUAUUUUGUUGAUGUAACUUCUGAUCCUGCUUUCUCUAAAUUGGAUUGUAUUGAUGACUUGGCUAAAAAAUGGUGGAAACGGGAAGACAUUUGGACUAUACGAUGGUGUAUUUGCUUCUAA